AUGCGGCUCCUCAAUGUGCGCAGCGGCGACCUCCACCAGUUCAGCAGUGACGAGCAGGUUCCGCGAUAUGCCAUAAUAUCACACACAUGGGGAGCCGAGGAGAUCAGCCUGCGCGACUGGGAGACGCUGGACCGCGCCGCCCUCAAAUCGCGGCAGGGAUAUUUCAAAAUCAAAAGGGCGAGGAUCCAGGCCAUUGACGAUGGCUUGGAAUGGGUCUGGGUUGACACAUGCUGCAUCGAUAGGACCUCGCCGGCCGAGAUAGAAGAGGCUAUCAACUCCAUGUUCCGAUGGUACGGCCGGUCGAGCGUGUGCUAUGCCUAUCUCGAGGACAUAGCCCAGCCCGUUCUAGGCGCCAGCCUAUCGGAUGCCUUGCGCGUUAGCCGCUGGUUCACCCGCGGCUGGACGUUGCAGGAGCUGAUCGCCCCUCCCGAGGUGGUAUUCUACUCGACGGGCUGGGAGGUGCUGGGCACCAAGACGGGCCUGGCCGCGGUGCUCGAGUCCCUCACGGGCGUGGACGCCGACGUGCUGCUCGGAGCCACGGACCCGGCGGGCGGGUCCGUCAGCGCGAGCCGGCGCAUGAGCUGGGCCGCCGGCCGGCGCACCUCGCGGCCCGAGGACGUGGCCUACUGCCUGCUGGGGCUGUUCGGCGCCCCCAUGCCGCUGCUGUACGGCGAGGGGCGCGAGCGCGCCUUCCGCCGCCUGCAGGAGGCGGUGCUGCUCGGGAACCCGACAGAUCACACGCUGCUUGCCUGGGGCGACGCCGUCGUCGGCCGCCGCUCCGACCUGGCGCCGCCGCCCGAGGCCCUAUCUGUGCACGACGUAGAGGCGCUGGCGUGGUCCGACGCCGACGCCGGCAGGCCCCUGCUCGGCCUCCUGGCCGACUCGCCCGACCGCUUCAGGAACUCGGCGGACCUGGUGCCCAUGACGGCCGCGGCCGAGAUGUACUACUUUGACGACGAGGACGACGGGGGCAGGUGGGAAGAGGGUGGCGGUGGAGGUCGUCGGAACGCGGAGCUGCCUGUCGCGUUCGCCGGCGGCGGCGGCCUGCGCGUGGAGCUGCCCAUGCUCGACGGCCCGGAGCCGGUGUUGUACACGUGGCGGAGCCACAAGAUCACGCAGGCGCGCCGGGGCAGGCUGGCGGUGCUCUUCUGCCACCGCAGGGGCGACCCGUACGAGCAGUUCGCCGUGCCGCUCACGUGCUCGGGCCCGGCCUCGUACGGCCGCACGCGCGAGCUGGUGGUCGGCAACUUCAACCGGUGCAUAUGGCCUGCUGCGGCCGGCGGCCCGAGGCUGAGCGCGAGGGUCCUGGUCCGGCCGGACCAGCCGCGGGAUGGCGGGCCCGGCCCGGCGCUCGGCCACGGCGACGUCGUCGUGCGGCGGUGGGCCGUCGGCAACAGCGAGGACCUGCUGAUGGGUGAGUUCCGCGACGAGCGGCACAACCGGCGGCUGAGCGCGCGCGAGGGCAUCCUGCGCAUGGGAGGCGGCGGCGGCGGCGGCGACGACACGGCCGGCGCGCUGCUGUGGAGCAUCUCGGCGCUGACCGAGUCGGAGACGCUAUGCGUGUUUGUCAAGCGGCAGCGGCCGCGGCCGCGGCCCGAGGACGACCAACGAGACCCGGCGGCCGCGGCCGCGGCGCUGGGCGCGGCCACGGUCGACAUCUGGCCGCUGUCGCGCCAGAUCGACCGCGAGACGGUGGACGAGGGCGGCACGACGUGGUUCCCGCACGGCGAGACCGAGGCCGAGGUGCUGGCGCUCGCGGCGCGCGAGCCGCCCCUGAGCCGCGUCUUCAAGCCGCCCUCGGACACGUGGAUCGCGCCCGCCGUCGGGUCCAUUCUGACCAUGGUGCUCGCGCGCGUCGACAGGAUCCCGCUCGCGGGCGGCCGCGGCGGCUGGGUUGAUGUAGUUGACGUGGUCGGCCCGUACCUGACCUCGCCGCCGCUCGACGGCACCCCUCGGACGGGGGAGUGGCUCGCCGCGGGCGAGGACGGGGGCGGAGCUGGUGGGGCCGGGGAGAGGCAGGGCACGUAUGGCAACUUCUAG